GUGUCGGCGGUGGCUCCGCUGCAGGACGGCUCCGGGCAGGCGGCGCAGAAGAAGGAUGUGGAGCUGAUCCUGGUGAAGGAGCAGAACGGGGUGCAGUUCACCAGCAGCAGCCUCCUGCCGCCCGCCGCCAGCCCCCACUACGGCGCCGGGGUCGGGCAGGAGAGAGAGACCUGGGGCAAGAAGAUCGAUUUCCUCCUCUCCGUCAUCGGGUUCGCGGUGGACCUGGCCAACGUCUGGAGGUUCCCCUACCUCUGCUACAAAAAUGGAGGGGGUGCCUUCCUUAUCCCUUACAUCCUUUUCCUAAUCAUUGCUGGAAUGCCCUUGUUCUAUAUGGAAUUAGCACUGGGCCAGUACAACCGGGAAGGGGCUGCUACCGUAUGGAAAAUUUGUCCACUUUUCAAAGGUGUAGGCUAUGCAGUGAUACUUAUAGCUCUUUACGUGGGUUUCUACUACAACGUUAUCAUAGCUUGGUCUCUGUAUUAUCUGUUUUCAUCAUUCACAUUUGAACUCCCCUGGACGAAAUGUGGCAACAGCUGGAAUAGCCCAAACUGUACAGAUCCCAAACUCUUCAACGCCUCGGUGCUUGGCAAUGGCACCAAGUACUCCAAGUACAAACUCACUCCUGCUGCUGAAUUUUAUGAACGAGGAGUUCUACAUCUGCACGAAAGCAGUGGCAUCCAUGACCUUGGCUCACCUCGAUGGCAGCUAGCAUUAUGCCUGUUGGUGGUGGUAAUAAUUCUUUUCUUCAGUCUGUGGAAAGGUGUAAAGACAUCAGGAAAGGUUGUGUGGAUAACAGCCACUUUGCCUUAUGUUGUACUAUUUGUAUUGUUAGUACAUGGAAUAACAUUGCCUGGUGCAUACAAUGGGAUAAAUGCAUACCUACAUAUAGAUUUCAGAAGAUUAAAAGAAGCUACAGUAUGGAUUGAUGCAGCCACCCAGAUAUUUUAUUCUUUAGGAGCUGGGUUUGGAGUUUUAAUUGCAUUUGCCAGUUACAAUAAGUUUGACAACAACUGUUACAGGGAUGCAUUGCUGACGAGCACAAUUAACUGUGUCACAAGCUUUAUCUCAGGAUUUGCAAUUUUCUCCAUAUUGGGCUACAUGGCUCAUGAACACAAAGUUAAAAUCGAAGAUGUAGCCACUGAAGGGGCUGGUUUAGUUUUCAUCAUUUAUCCAGAAGCCAUUUCAACCCUUUCAGGAUCAACAUUUUGGGCAGUGGUGUUCUUUAUAAUGCUGCUUACACUGGGCAUUGACAGUUCAAUGGGUGGAAUGGAAGCAGUCAUCACUGGUUUGGCAGAUGAUUUCCAGAUUCUGAAGAGGCACAGAAAACUUUUCACCUUUGGUGUUUCCUUUGGCACUUUCCUACUUGCUCUUUUAUGCAUUACCAAUGGAGGAAUUUAUGUCCUCACACUGCUGGACACAUUUGCAGCUGGGACUUCAAUCUUGUUUGCUGUUUUAAUGGAAGCAAUUGGAGUUUCCUGGUUUUAUGGUGUGGACAGAUUCAGUAAAGAUAUCCAUGAAAUGAUGGGCUUUAAGCCAGGCCUCUACUGGAGACUAUGUUGGAAAUUUGUUAGCCCUGCUUUUUUACUGUUUGUGGUGAUAGUCAGUAUUAUAAAUUUCAAACCUCUGACAUAUGACGACUACACCUUCCCCCUCUGGGCAAAUCGCAUUGGCUGGGGAAUAGCAUUAUCUUCAAUGAUACUUGUGCCUGCCUAUAUUAUUUAUAAAUUUCUGAAUGUUCGUGGGACCUUUAAAGAAAGACUAGCUUACUGCAUCACACCUGAAAAUGAACACCAUCUUGUGGCACAAGGGAAUGUGAGGCAGUUUAAGCUUCAACACUGGCUAGCAAUAUGACAACUGACAGGUUGAGGAAAAGCCAAUAUGUUUAACAAAACUCGGAAUAAAUGAAAAAUCAAGUUCAAAGCUCCCUUUGAUUGUGCUUGGACCAGACUGGCUCAGAGCUCAUCUACUGAUUCCUUUGAGGGAAGACACAUCUUCCACUUUGUUCCUAAUGCCUCCCUUCUAUUACUUUGUUUCAAAUGAUCUCUAUAGACUGGCUUUCAUUUUUUUUUUUAAAUCUUUCAGUGACAUGAGUUCCAUACAUGACCAAUACUUGUGAGCUUUGCUAGAGCUAGAAGUGGAGGAGGGAGCAUAAAAUCAGCUUUAGUUAAAGGCACUCUUGUCUUGGAGAAAUAAAUAAAAAAUUUCUGACAGUAAUAAUUACUUCCAGUAUUACUGUCACCUUGUUUAAACCAGCUACAUCCAUGCUCUUAGCUCUUUAAGGAGAUAGAAGCAUCUCAGUUAUGAGACAACAGUGACUUUAACUGUGCAUCCAUGUUUGCUUUCUUGCAGUACUAUCCUUUGGGAUAUAAUUUUGCACCCUUCUGAAGUGAAGACUAAAUGCUUCAUUUUCAGUGGUUUGUUAUUAGUCUCUUCUCUUGGUGAAGAAGAUUGUCCUUGCUGUAUAUGUCUGUGCCAUUUUCUGUGCAGUUUAACUAUAAAAAUUGAAAAAUAAUAGGGAUGGAAUUAUAUUCUGUACUCAAUAGCCACAAUAGGAAUCUAGUUCAACAAUACACCAUGCUUAACGACGAAAACACAUUCCCUUAUGUCACCAAUUAAAUGGCUAUAUCAUAUAAUGCAUAUUCAAUACACUUUUCCAGUUAAGUACCAAAAAUAUAUACAAGUAGUCAGACUUCAUUUUGUUAUUUUGUGCCAAAUAAAGAAUGUACAGUAUCUAUAUAAAUAUGUAGACAGAGACAAUUAAUUUUAAAAUAAGCUGAUCUGUCCAGAGGCACCAAAAUACCAAACUUUGGCUUUAUUCUGCUGUUGUGAAUGCACCAAUAUAAAUGUCAUCUGGAUUCAACUGCUAGCAUCUAAUAAAAAAAUGUGUUAGAUGGAACAGGCUUUUAGGCAUACUCAGCUGUACAUGCCUAUUCAAACACAUUUUUUCUUUGGUUAUUUCAAGUAACAUUUUGCAAACUAGAAAAUACAGAGCAAAAGCUUAGCACGUUUGGAUGCUGUUCUGUAUGGUCACUCUUUGAAUGCCACAUAUUCCCAGUGAUCACUAGGUUGCAGUAACUGUGAAUUAAUUAUUAUACCUGAAUAUUCGUAGAGCAUUCUGAAAUUUCAGAGACCGCAGGUUCUCAGUUGAAUCCAGCUUGGACUUUGAGACUUACCUCUGAAUAUCUUUCUUUUU